UCUUUGCAUCUCCACGCCGUCCGUGUACACACACAUAUGCACGCUGACCGCAUGCAGAUCUAAACAGAGAUUCAAAAGAACACCUUUGCUCUUCUACCGGCUAACCCGUCGUCAUCACUGUGAGGAGAAGCGGGAGCCUUUGUUGGAAAAGAUGGUGAUGGGCCCCCUCUUGUUGGUCUUCCUGCUGGGUGUGGGUCUGAUCCCACCGACCUUAGCCCAGGGAUACCAGGAAUUCCUGUCCAAGCACCAUGAUGCCAACCCCAGAGGCCGGGAUGACAGAUACUGUGAAACCAUGAUGAGGAGACGAGGCCUGACCUCACCCUGCAAAGACACCAACACCUUUGUUCAUGGCAGUAGCAACAACAUCAGGGCCAUCUGUGAAGACACGAAUGGAGAGCCUUACGGGAUAGGUCUCAGGAGAAGCAGAGAUUUCUGGGAAAAUCCAAAUGGCCGUGGAGCAGAAUUUUCAAGAGGGGCAAACUGUUACCAAAUAAUAAGCAGGUAUAACUUUUACAAAUGUUAAACCUUAGGAAGAGGAGUAUAGGACUAAAUAAAAACAGAUUAAUUACACUUUCUCUCUGUCAAACACACACACACACACACACACACACACACACACAACACACACACACACACAGACACACACACACACAUUUGUAAUCCUGCAUGAAUACCAAAAUCCAUUCAGGGCAGCCACCUCUUAACCUUAAGCAGGAGGUAAUUUGACAUUGCUUUGAACGAAAUGUUCCCAGGAUAGUCUCAAAGUUAUUUCAUAUCAAGAUCAAGAAAUUUGAUUACUACAUUAUUUUCUCUUUACUCUUUAACUGUACCAACUGUUGUCUGGCAACUCUAAGGUCUUAGGGUGGUCAUAGAAAGAUUCCAAACUUAUCCUUUCUUCUCCAACUGGAUAUGUUUUCAAGUGAACAUGAACUUUGAUUAACAGACCGUCUCUGUAAAAUGUGCUAAUUAAUCCACAGGUUCAGUGGUUAACUUCCUGUUACUUUAUUUCGUCAAUCGGUACCUGGAUAUUUUAUUUAGAAAGCAGUUAAUAAAUUACAGUUAUACGUCACUAGUUUUGCUGUAUUGUGAAUGAGUAUAGUGGUCACAGUUUUCCUGCAAGAUGGCCUCUCCUGAUGCCUACAUGCCCUGAGAUGAGCCAGAAGGCUUGGUUCCUCAAUACCUGGUUAUAGACCAGUGUCUAGGUGCCACAGAGAGCCCAGCCUCACUGAAAGUGUUCUCAUUUAUGGAGGAAAACAAGGAGAAGUCAGUUACCAGGGCACAUUCAGAGCAUGAAUAUAUUUGCCUUGAGUUAAUUGAUUUCAAAAUUGAAAACAUUGUCAUUUCUUUCCUAAGUAGUUGAGAAGAGUUUUCCAAAUUUCUUUUAUUAGAAAAUUUGUCAAUAUUAUAAAAUAAAAAAGCCCUCAGGAAGUGAGGAAGUUCCAGUGCUUGGUAGAAUAUUUGGAAACAUCUCAGGUUCUCCAACCAGUACUGUCUCCCUCAUAUGAGGCAAUGGGGCUUCCAUACAGAUCAUUGUCCACUCAAGGUCAUGAAAGUCAAAGGCAUGGACCAUUAUUAUACUGAUCACAUCAUAGCUGUGAAAACUCACAUCUCCAAACCUCUGCUUAGCGCAUGACCAUGGCAUCUCCUGCCCUGGUGUUAGGACAAAAGACUGUGUCCCAGGAAAUCAUGUGGCAAUGGGAUGGGGGUGCUUCCUGAUGGAGCUAACAGCUGGGUAGCCCCCAAUCCUAGUAUUUUUUGCUUCUGGUCUCUUUCUCUCACAACCAAAAGCUGUUUAGGAUGAAAUGUCAAGUUGCAGGCAAGUCAUUUUACCUCAAGUGAAUCAUUUGGGAAGCUAAAAUCCUAGUCCACUGUGCUGUGUUGACUUUGCAAGGAAAAGAAAAGAAACCCCCCAAAUGUCAAGUGCUUUGAAGAAUGGUGACAUGCAAGGAAGAAAAAUACAUGCACUUUGGAGAGGAAACAUUUGUCUAGGGACAAGGCAUAAAUUCUAGUAUCGGCGACAUUUCCGCUUAAAAACAGCCUUCUAAUUUCUUGGGAGUACAGGUACUCGACCAAAGUUGGGGGGUCAAUAAUACAUAUGAUUCAGUGUAGUCAUUAUUUUAUCAGAUUGAAGGCUACAAAGAAAACCAAGAAAAAUGGAAAUUGCAAAGGUGAUCUUCGGCAACAUUUACUCAACAGCUACCAUGUGCUAGGCAUUGUAACAAGCACUUUACAUUGAUUUUAUCAUUUAUUCCUCACAACAUGCCUAAGAGGUGGGUGUUAUUAUGCUCAUUUUACUUGUGAGGAAAUACACUGAGAGAAGUUAAGUAAUUUCCCCAGGGUCACACAGUUAACGUGGCAGAACUCAGACUCUGGAAUCACAGAAUGAAAAGAAGCUCUUACUGAGAUUCGAUGGUGGUGCAGUGGAGAAAGCCUUAGGGACAAGCUCUGACCAAAAAAGAUGUGUUGGGAUGAUUUGUGGAUCAUCUCAUCUUCUGUUGUAGCUAGAACCUUGAGAUGCAACCAUUGAUGACUACAUUAGGAUGUUUUUCUACGUCUUGUUUAAUCGGUUGGUUAAUGUAGCUGGGGCCAUGGGUUUGCUCUUGUAUGAAUAGCUUAAUUCUUCCCUGUAGUUGGUUAACUUGCUUUGUGACCAUGUUAUUGGUCACAAAGAAGCAGAAUUUGAGAAAGUAGACAGAACUGUGCAAAAUUAGAUUUGGGAAAAACAACCCCAAAGUACAUUGUUGUGAUGAAGCUAUUACCUAAGUGAUAAGUGUAUCUUCAGAAGUUGUAUCCACUAGUCCUGGGGUGAGGAGUAAAUCGAGCAUCAAUUCCUCCCUGCCAACCACCUCCCACAACGCCUUCACUUCCCUCUCUUCCUAACUCCAUAUCUCGUAUCCACAGCAGCAGGCACAGGAAUGUGACACAGAGCUUUGUAUCUUUCUGUGCACGGGCAAAAGGUGGCUGUGAAGUUAGAGGCUGGCAUUUAAAAGACUGAUAGUUAUGCCUGAUCGUAGUCAUUAUCAUUAACCAAAAUAUAGGCUGUAGGUGGGAUAAAGCGCAGGUUUCUCGUCAGCCAUUUCGGUCACUCAGUGUGAUCUGCCAGCGCCUUUGAAAACAAAGGACAGUAGAAACCAUAUGUAUCAAGCUAGGAGUUCAGUUGGGGCCAGCCCUUGAACUGCACGUGUAGAAUAGGGACCUGUCUGACUCUCCAAAGAUUGUCCUUGCUGCUUUGUGUUGCUCAUUUCCUGUUGAAUCAGGAUGAUUUUUCCUGUCCCUUGGUUUCU